UGCUGGCGGAACACCGGCUAUAUGAUCUUUGCGAUAGUUACUCCGCGUUGCACGUUGCUAGUUAGUUGCAAUGUUGUAGCUAUUAGCACGAUAGCCAUUCCUUCGCUGGGAGGGAGACCCGCCGUUUAGUUUGAUGAACCUACGGAGUUAAUUCUCACUCAUUCAUAGUCCAACCAGCAGCCAACUGCUGACCAACAGACAUAACUCACCAAAAUAGUAGCUAGUUAGCUUGUUGUCUUGUCAUUCUCAUAGCCGCUAGCCUAACCCACUAGCUAGCUAGCUAGCUAGCCGCUAGCGUUCUACCGUCACCACUUCGCAGUGCGAACAGUCUCCUACACGGCUGGAGAACCAUGGCGAUGAGACAGACUCCGCUCACCUGCUCUGGUCACACCCGGCCUGUGGUGGACCUGGCCUUCAGUGGAAUCACUCCCUAUGGCUACUUCCUCAUCAGCGCCUGCAAGGAUGGCAAGCCCAUGUUGCGCCAGGGAGACACAGGGGACUGGAUCGGAACGUUUCUGGGUCACAAAGGCGCUGUCUGGGGAGCCACUCUGAACACAGACGCCACCAAGGCAGCCACCGCUGCAGCUGACUUCACAGCAAAGGUGUGGGAUGCAGUGAGUGGAGACGAGGUCCUCACACUGGCACACAAACACAUCGUCAAGACUGUCAAUUUUACUCAGGAUAGCACUUGUCUGCUGACUGGAGGAAACGACAAGCUGCUGCGCCUCUAUGAUCUUAUCAACCCUGAAGCAGCACCUCUGGAGAUUGCAGGUCACACCUCAGCUAUAAAAAAAGCCUUGUGGUGUAACAACGACAAGCAGAUCCUCUCUGCUUCCGAAGACAAAACCAUACGGCUGUGGGACAGGAACUCCAUGCAGGAGGUGAAGACGCUGACGUUCAACACAACAGUUAGCAGCAUGGAGUAUGUGCCUGAUGGAGAGGUUCUUGUGAUCACAUAUGGAAAGACAAUCGCUUUCUACAACGCUCUGAGCCUGGACUUGAUCAAGACAGUGGAGGCCCCAGCUCCCAUCAACUCAGCCUCCCUCCACCCAGAGAAAGACUUCUUUGUUGCCGGGGGAGAGGACUUCAAGCUCUACAAAUUUGACUAUAGCACCAAGGAAGAACUGGAGUCCUAUAAGGGUCAUUUUGGUCCAGUGCACUGUGUUCGCUUCAGUCCGGAUGGUGAGCUGUAUGCCAGCGGCUCUGAGGACGGCACUCUCCGACUUUGGCAGACUGCUGUGGGGAAAACUUAUGGCCUGUGGAAGUGUGUCCUUCCUGAGGACAUGGGGGCAGAGAACUCUGAACAGCUGUACACUUCGACCCCUGAGAUCAAAGCCUAAGGAGAAAGCAGUGCUGUUUGGAAAUAGGAUGAGAAGAGGAAAGAGACGGAAAAGUAACGAGCGGAGGGGUGUUCCAGCGUUCUAUCUGGCCCCAGCAAGGAGCAGAGUCCAGAGCAUCUCCAUCCAUCAGGAACUGAUAUGGAUAUUAUGACUGCCCUGUCUGUCAAAGACUUACCCAUUACAUACUUGCAUACAUGAUUUUUUGCAGUCAUAUGGACAGUAUAGGCUGCAGAGUAAAGCAGUAGAGCUGUGAGUGUCGGCUCAUCGCUGCCUGCUUUCUCUCUGAUUAGCUCAGUUCUGUCUUUCUGCUUAAACUUAUUUUAACUUCCCUAAAGACUUGAACCCAACCCCUCACCCCCAAUCCCAUGAUUUUGGUUUCAAAAUUAAGAUAUUUAAUGAGCUGGACCAUGGCAUCUGUUUUCAGUUCGAAGUUACAAGAAUACUGUAGGUAGUUGCACAGUUUGUGCGAAAGUAAGGCGCUUUCAUUUCUUCAAAAACAUUGCUUUGAGUAUCCGCUGCUUUUGUACUGUACUGGUUGAGUAUAUUAGUGUCAAAAUAAAAGAUUGUUUUGUGACAAAGCGGAAAGGGAAGAAAUGUCACUGGGCUUUUUUCCAUUUUGGUUUCUGUCUUCUUCAUUAAUGUCCAGUGGUGAAAUAAACAAUCGCAUUGCUGUUUUAUUUGUAAGUAAUGCACAAAGAGCAAA